AGGACCAGACCCCAUCUGAUAUGACCAAACAGGGUUUAAGCUCUGUCCCUGAUGUGUUGGGACCCUCCCCUGAUAUGGUCCCUUGCAGUUGAUAUUUGGAUACAAUCCAGUUGUCAGCAUGAAAGGAAAAACUGCACACUGUGAUUGGAAAUCUGCACCCCAAAAGAAGCCCACUCCCUGCGAUCGAUACAAACACGCUUGCAUUAUUUGCAGAGGAUUUCUUUAUCUCUACGGAGGGCGGAACACCACCAGCCUUAGGGAUUUCUGGCGAUACGAUAUGGUGAAAAAUGAAUGGGAAAUGCUGGAUUGCUCAAGAGAUGCUCCAGAAGAACUGGAAGAACAUUCAAUGGUGGCUUAUAAGGGCACCCUGUAUAUUUUUGGUGGGAUGGUGGAUUCUGCUUUCACGCAAGCAAAAACUCCUCUCUGGAUGUAUGACAUUGAUUCUGCAAGAUGGACAGAGUGCCGUAACGUACCAGCAGAGACUGAGAGCCCAGCACCAACUAACAGGAGAGGUCACAGUGCAGUAGUCUACCUUUCCACCAUGUGCAUCUAUGGGGGAUACUUUGGCAUCCGAGGCAUUUCACAGGAGUUCUGGACUUUCCAUUUUGAUACCAGAAAAUGGUUGUGUGUUUCCACCCCAUCUCACAACACCGGGCCAGGACCUCGGCACGGCCACUCGGCAGUGGUUUAUCAUACAGGCAUGUACCUCUUUGGAGGACUGAUGGGGCUGAGCGAGCAGAAGGACUUAUGGAAGUGGGACUUUGUAAGCAGCAGCUGGUCCAACAUCAGAACAAGCCAAGGACCUGCUCCAGUGGUAGGUCACGCUUCAAUUGUCUUCAAAGACUCUAUGCUGGUUUUUGGUGGAGGGAUUUCAAAUUCCCAUCCUAACGAUGACCUCUGGACGUAUCAUUUCCAUACGCAGACAUGGAAGAAGCUAAGUACUUCUACAAAGGCAAACUUUUCUCCUAAAAUGUAUCACUGCAUCUUAGGAAUUGGUGUUGAUUUCCAACCUACCUCAGAUCUCACUCAUACGUUCCCCAGCCAUUGGAAGAGCAGGCAGAAGGACCACCACGCGCUGGUGACCAUCCCGAAGCACACUCGCUUGUGCAGCUACUUCCGUCAGCAGCCCGCGUACCGCGCCCUCAGCAACGAGGAGAGCAACGCAAUCGAAAUGAAAACCUUUAGCUUGCCUCUGCAGCCAGGGGGCUUUUGUGCCUUUCAGACCACUUCGGAGGCAGAACUAGACCCAAAGAGAGCAACGGGCCUUCUGUCAGAGGACAAGCCCCACCGUCUGGUUGUCUCUUCGGAGAGAGAGACUUCUGCUGCUGCUCAGACCGUGGGUGACGAGGAGGGGACCAGCUGUGGGCACGCGAUGGUGGCGGAUGAAGGUGGCAGCGAUGCCAACGUGCUGCUGCUCAUCGGGGGUAAACCUUUGUCCAGCUUCUCCGAGAUCUCCUUCAGGCAAGUGGAGUUGGAGGCCUUGGGGUCGCUUUGACGGCAAAGCAAAGGUGGCAUCAAUUCCCACCAAGGUGCCGGUAGGUGACAAACCAACUGCUUGCAGCUGGCGCCAGUUGCCUGUCAGCACACAACAAAUGUAAACCUUCUCACACUUGCUGUGAACAGAUUUUCCUGAACAAAACCUGACACAUAUUUAAGUCACAACUUGCACGUAAGUUGCAAUUUCUGAGAGGAGCUUGUUGAAAUGCUGCUCUUUUUGUUACUUUUUCUCCUGGUCAGUUAAUAGCAUUUCACAUUGCAGCGGCUGAUGCUGCCUUGAAAAUCAGAACUACAGGUAACCCCUCCUGGCUCCAUAACUGCCCAGUCAGCUGCAAAGCUUGCUCAUUUUGCACUGGCAUAAGAAAUAAAUGC